AAUCAUUUGUUGGAAUAGGUAUAUAUUUAUGUUAUCAUCAUCACCUGGGUUUAAUGGAGCAUACCUUUUAGUGAUACCUGUAUCCAGUAUACUCUGAACCUAGUAAAUGAUAUAGUAACUGAUAAAUAAAUGAUAAAUCAACCAAAAAUAUGAUUCAAACACAUUUAUUAGUCAGCACUUACCUAACAACCAAACUGUAUACAAGUUAUUAUCAUGGUAUAACUGUAAUAUCAUCUUGCCAGGGAACAAUCUGGGAUUGUGUGCCACUGGUUAUCUAAAGUUAUUAUCUACUGUUUCUGAUUGUCUAGAUUGUUUUAAGGAUGUUAUAUUGUUGUUAUACAGGGAUUUCUGUUACAAAAAACAGCAAGUGUACAUGUUUAGUGUUUCUGUGGUUUCACACACUGUCAGGCCCUAGGCCUGUUUUCUUAAAAAAAAAAAAAAUAAAAAAAAAUUUGGAAUUGGAACUUUAGUUUCUAGAGGUCAGCACGUGUUUCAUGUAAAAAUGGCGGAUUUAUGAUUUUAGUAUUGUUUUUGUUUACUUGGUCAUUCGUACUCAAUAUCAUCAUGGAGCUGUGACUAAGGGAUUUACUAUUUUGUGCAAUUUUAGUUUUUCUAGGCCACUGUUAUUACUGGAGUUGAGUUACUUCCUGUAUUAUAUGGCAGAGAAUAAUUAUGUGCAUAUUUAUUGCUUGAUUUUCGUAAUUUUUGUUGUUCAUUUGAAGUCUGAAGUUGUGGUUGAAUUAGUUUAUUAGACAAAGAAUAUCGUGUUACAGUACGCAUGAUAAAAUUAAACAUGCAAAAAUGCAGAAAUCGGCAAUGUUUUAUUGGUUUAUGCGUAAGAAAAUUUGAAAAUUGUUUUGGAUUUACUUGAAUUAAGACACUCGUGGUUUGAAAUGAUUAUUUGAAUCAUGCAAGAUUUUCUUUUUUCUAGCUUUGUUCUGUUCGUUUAUCUGUGAGAAAUUCUGAAUUAUCUUUCAGAUAUACUGAGGUAUGAAAUAAUUCUCUCACAUCUUUGGAUCUUGAAUCAGAUCGUUUCACAACUUUGGAUACUUUAUAAUGGAAUUUCAUACAAGAGUCCAUACAGGGGGUUAAAAACACUUCUUUUAUUUAACGCUGAAGGUUUGUUGUCAGUGGAAAUAUUGAUCUCGGCUCAUGACUGAAGGUUACGAGAUUCUCUCUUUGACUUUCUUGGGAAUAUUUAGUGCCUUAACUAUUAUCCUGGAAUCAGGAUUGAAUCAAGAUAGAAUAUGGAUGUAAAAAAGCUAUUAUUGUGAAGAAAAUAUCAUAUAAUAUCAUAAUUACGUUAAGUUUUCCUAUCUUUAUAGGUGUUCUCUGAAUGCUAAUAGAUCUUCUUUAUAUAGAUAAGUGUGUGAGGCAAGAAGACUGAAUAAAAGUUUGUCUUCUAUGUGGAACAUUUGGAGGAAUGCUAUUUAAUCAGAUUACUUUGAUUUGUGUGGAAUUUUGUACAUGCUGAAAACUAGCACACUGAUGCUCACAGGGGGAAAAUGGAAUUGUAAAGGAUUUUAAGCCAUUGAUAAGGCGAAACAGUAACAGUUACUGAGAGCCUAUCAGAGAGCACUUGAACACACAGAUAGUUUACACUAGCAACCUGAUAAUUGACUUAGAUGAGGAAUUAUAGAAAGUAGUUGUGGAUUAAGAAAGCAUUUCAAGGGAUGGAAAGGAAAUUUAGUGACAUUAUUGUAGAAUUUGGAAUUUAUUAAGAGUUUGAAUUGACUCAUGUUACAGGAUAGUUUUUUAUGUGACAAAAAAAAUCACUGUAGUUAUUGAUAAUUAUAUUGUGUGUGAUCUGCCUUGAGUUAUUGAAAUGGAUUAAAAGGAUUAAAAUACACAUUUUUUCAUGGCUGUAAAGAUUAAGUGUGGAAGUUGUAUUGCUAUGAUUUAAAGUGACCGGUAGAGACAACUAUAUUUAUUUAAUGCUAAGACUGUCAAUUUUAGUUCAAAUUUAAUGAGAAUAAAACAUGGUGAAAAGUUUUAAUACAAACUUUAGUUUUGGGAUCAUGAAGAUAUGUUGAUAUACUUGGUUGGUCAGGACAAAAGAUCAGAGGAAGAGGAAGAGGGGGCCACGGCCCUUUCUCAACCCUCGUCUGAACCCCUGAAAGAUGGGGGCACACCAGAGGAGGAGCGUAACCCUCUGGGUCUAAAACUUGACCCCUACUGGAUGGAGGAAGUCCAGGAGCAGAGAACUUGUACAUUCUCAAGUUUUGGAAAAAGAACACCAGGAUGUGCAAGACGUGCCAGCGAAUGUUUGAUCCUCGAGCCUUCAGAAAUGAUCGUGAUUGACUAUCCAGAUGUUCAAGUCAUGAAACCAGGGACCCGUAUGGGCCCAUGCAACACAAUGAACCUAGAUAGGCUCCCACAGUAUGAUCCUCAGGACGAUAUACGUAUGAGACGCAUGAACUCUGAUACAUCCGGAUUCUCUGAACAGACAAUUCCUGAUAUUCAGAUUGGUUACAAUGGGCGAGAUACAUCUUACGGAUAUAAACGAUGUUCGAGAGCUAGCGACACAUCAAGUGCAUACUCGGGCUCUGAUAUGAUGCAGUCAUCAAUUGACGACACAGAAAAUGUGGACUGUGACCUUCCAUCGAACCUGAUAGAGAGUACAGUGGAUAAUGACUCUGAAGAUGAGGAAGGUUUUGGUGAAUCAACAGAGUCGUUACCGGUACGUGAUGCCGUGCGGGAAUGUUUGGAGAAAGAUCCGGCGGACAGAAAAGAUGAUGAUAUAGAAAUACUGCUUGACUUCAUGCAGCAUUUUAGGGCAUUUGCAAACAUGACACUGGCAACACGGCGGGCCCUGUGUGCUGUGAUGGUGUUUGCAGUCGUAGAGAAGGCAGGAACUAUAGUGAUGAAGGAUGGAGAGGAGCUGGACUCCUGGUCUGUCAUCCUGAAUGGUACCGUUGCUGUAGAAACUGUUGAGUCUGAGGUUAAAUAUCUUCAGUUAGGGGACAGUCUUGAAACCAAUUUUGCAAAUUUGAAGGGGCAGGGCAAUCAAAUUGGUUUUGGUAUCACCCCUACAAUGGAGAAGCUGUAUCAUCAAGGUCAGAUGCACACGAUCACUGACGACUGUCAGUUUGUCUGUAUAGCUCAGUCAGAUUAUUACAGAAUUCUUCAUCAGGGAGAAGAAAAUACACGACGACAUGAAGAAGAUGGUAAAGUUGUCAUGGUUACAGAACACAGAGUUUUUGAUGGUGGAAACAGAAAAGGCCAUAUUGUUAUACGGGGAACGCCAGAAAGACUGAUGUUACAUUUAGUUGAGGAUCACAGUGUUGUUGAUCCUACCUAUGUUGAAGAUUUCCUGCUUACAUAUCGUACGUUUCUGCCGUCGCCGACUGAACUUACAAAUAAACUUCUACAAUGGUUUGAAGAUCCUACUCUCAGAGCAAAGGUUACACGUGUGGUGCUAUUAUGGGUAAACAACCAUUUCAAUGACUUUGAGAUGAAUGCUGACAUGUGUGAAUUCCUCGAACAUUUUGAAGAUUUACUUGAGAGAGAGAAAAAUAUGGAUAAAUAUACAAAAGCGAGGAUGACUGGUCAACUACGUUUGUUGAAUCUUGCAUGUGCCAGUAAAGCACGACCACGAACUGUGACCUUGACACGGGCAACCAGAGAUGAAAUCCUCUAUUUCCAGAUCUUAGGGGGCCUCGAGAGGGGUUGUGGUAUCUUUAUCAAGAAAGUUGAAAAAGAUUCUAAAGCUUAUGAGGCUGGGCUGAAGAGAGGAGAUCAGAUUUUGGAGGUAAAUGGUCAGAGCAUGAUGAAUAUUUCACAUAGCAAGGCCCUCGAACUGCUACGCAAAACAACACAUCUUUCAAUUACUGUGAAAUCUAACUUGCUAGAAUUCAAAGAAAUGUUAGACAACACAGAAAAGAACGCUACAUUAAAGCGGAUGGAUUUUCAGCAGACAAAUUACAAGCAGAGGUUAUCUGCCCCUGAUUUGGAAAAUUCAUUUCCACCAGCAUCAGGGAAUUUGUCAUUAGAGAAUUCAUUACUACCGUCACCUCAGGAUUUUAAUAAAAAGAACAAUUCACAUAAAAAGGACAGAAGCUUUAUGAUGACAAUAGCUAGCAGUAAACCGAAGCUCAGGAAAGCUCUACGCAAUCUCAUACCACGAAACAUGAGCGCCAGCAGUAUGAACAGUGAUAUCUCAUUAAAUCACUCAGACGAAAAUCUCUCAUCUCAUGGUUUAUCACGGAAAUCAUCAACAUCAUCAGGGUCAUCAACAAAUACCGGAAUGUCCAAUCACCUCAGUGCCAGUAAUCCCGACCUCUCGUCGGCAAAUCUCGGAGCAGACGAGAAACCGGUGGAGUAUCCGGACCAUGUUGUUAAAGUGUACAGAUCUGACCAGUCUUUCAAAUAUUUACUCAUACAUAAGGAAACUACAGCAAAAGAAGUUGUCAUGUUGUCAUUGCGUGAGUUUGGUAUUACUGACCCAAGCAGCAAUUUCUCUUUAUGUGAAGUUACGGUAGAAUCUGAAGGUUUUAUUAAGCAAAAACGACUCCCGGACACGUUACAAAACUUGCCAGAAAGGUUGACGUUAAAUGGAAGGGAUGCUUGUUCUAGCGUUAGCGCCAGGCGAGCUCUCCCAUGUGUACUCAGGUAUUACUUAAAGAACAACAUGAGCACGGAGCCCCUCGUGCCAGAUGAGCUGAUGGGUGACCUAAUUAAGGAAGCACAGAUCAGUCUGACGCAACUGAACACUUUGGAAGUGGCAUCGCAGCUUACACUCGAAGAUUUCAGCUUUUUCAAGCAGGUCCAAGAUACAGAAUAUGUUGACAGAAUAUUUGGAUUGAACUCCAAAUGUGGAUGUCCUAACCUAUUGAAAUUUGAGGAGCUUGUUAACAAAGAGAUGUUUUGGGUGGUCACCGAGAUUUGUUCAGAAAAUAAUCUAGUCAAACGUAUGAAAAUCAUGAAACAUUUCAUCAAGAUAGCAAGGCAUUGUAAAGAUUGCAAGAACUUCAACUCCAUGUUUGCUAUUGUAAGUGGUCUCCAUUAUACAUCAGUGUCCAGGCUACAUAGUACGUGGGAAAAAUUGCCAAGCAAAUAUAAAAAGAUGUAUGAGAGUAUGUUGGAUCUGAUGGACCCAUCUCGAAACAUGUCUAAAUAUAGAAACCUGAUGUCCAGUCAGUUUGUGCAGCCUCCAAUGAUACCAUUUUUCCCAGUUGUAAAUAAAGAUUUGACAUUUAUUCACCUUGGGAAUGAUUCCAAGGUUGAUGGGCUCGUCAACUUUGAGAAACUGCGCAUGGUAGCGAAAGAAAUCCGUCAUAUUUGUAACAUGUGCUCACCAAAAUAUGAUGUAAACACCAUGUACCUUAAUACUCCAAGUAUGUACGACAGUUCACUCAUUUUUGGUGUGGCAACGAUCAAGAGAACAAAAAAUCGACGGGCGUCGGCGGUUCCAAAUGCACGAAAGAUGUAUGACGAGGCUCAAAUGACGCGGCGUGUGAAGUCUUACCUCAGUAACUUACCGUGUAUAAGAGAUGAAGUCAAAUUAGCAGAACUUUCUAAUCAGUGUGAACCACAAGCAAAGAAGCCUGAUUCAUCACCAAACCUAAGUGCUAGUUCAUCAAGUGUCUCCAGUGAAGAAAAGAAGCCUAUAUACACAGGGCCUAAAUUUGGUGCCGAAACGGUGGAAAACACUCGCAAACUCAUGGCUCUCAGUGGGAAGGUCAAACCCCACGACUCUAAAAACCCUCUACCACCUCUCAUAACUAGUCCAAACCUUUCAUCAGGUGGUCGCCGUCAGCCGAUUUCGCCUCGACAUGUGCGUCCGACUGUUCAUUUGUCGGCAGAGAGCUCAUCUGUGAUCAGUCUUAGUAAUAUAGCUAAUAGGAAACCUAGUCGCACUGGAUCUGUAGGGUCCACAGAAUCUCAGAGUCCCACUGCAAGCAUCAAGAGUACCCAUAGCAACAACAGUGCCCACAGCUUGCCAUCGCACUACGAAUCUGACUCCAGUAGUCUCGCUAGUACAUCUACGUAUGACAACCACAGCUCGUGUUCAGCUCCAGUAUCUAACUCCCCAGGACCACCACGGAAGCUGUCCUCGUCAGUUGCGAGCCAUCAUCAGUCAUCAUCUCAUCCUCUUCAUCAUCCACAUGUACAGCAUCCACAUCCACACCAUCCACCACAGUCAGUGGGCAAUCCACAGUCGAUACCAGCUAUGCCGCAGCCUGCUGUACGACCCCCUCUACCUCCGUACCAUGUUGUUAUGCAAAACGCACAAGGUACUUCUGCUAACAGUCAGUACAUCCAUACAACUUACACAAACGUGCGUCGCCCGCCACUCCCCGAUUAUCAGUCAGCCACACACAUGGCGCAGGUGGCGCGCCAGAGGCACAAACAGUGGGCGGGGUCUAGCAAGUAUUAUAGGGAAGAAGAUUUUGACCAUUCUCAGGGUGUACAUGAUGAUGAAGAAGAAAUAGUUUCAGCAGUAUGAUAUUUUGCCAUGGUAACAGAUAGGACAGUUUCGUCAUGGCAACCAGAAUAGCAGUAUCUGAAUGCAUACCAGAUCAGUUGACCUUUGGCAUUAUAUUGUAGCUUUGUUGCCAUGCCUACACAAUCUUCAAGGUCAUUUGAAAAUAAUCUGGUAGCCAGGCUUGCAGUGUUGGUCUAACUUAUUAGUUGCCAUGGUGUCAUGUUGACCUUGAGAUGAUGAAUGUUAAUGCUGGUGUAUGAGCUAUGAGGAUGCACACACCUCAAAUAUAUCUGUGAUAGCUGUUUAACAGCAUGUACAUAGUGACAAUUGAAGCUCCGGAGUUGUCGGCAAGUGGUGCACAAGGGGUAUAUGUGAAGCAGCUUUGAUGUAAUGUUUCUGAAAUGACGAGAGGUAAUUUUGAAGUAAUCUCACACACAGAGUAUUUAAAUGAUGGUGGGUCACUGAUACGAAUUUCUGAAAUGAAAUAUGAUGGUAUAGAAGCUUAAGCGAGGAAACGAUAAUAUUUAGGUUUUAUGUGAAGGUGAUAAUGUAAGUGAUAAUAUAAGCGAAAAAUAUGGCCGUUUAAGAUUGAAAGAUACGGCUUUUUGAGGGGGAAAAUGUGGCAAAAGGUUGAGUUGUGAUAGUUAAGAGAACAGAGAGAAAAUUAUGGAGAGAAAGUAUUCAUGUUACAGUUAUUAUGUAGAAGUGUUUUGAUGUUGUUUGGUGACAGGUGUCGUAAAAACUUUAUGUGCAGAAAGAGACUUGUUGAAAAGUCGGCCAGUUCUAAGUCUGGACUGUUGAUGUAAAUCUUGCCUAAAUUAACUAGCAUUUCAAGGAAACCAGUGCUUUUUUGUGGAACAUGUGACGAUCAGUCAUAAAUAUUUUAAUUUAAUUUUGAACAUUUAAUAUACACAGACUUGUGCCAGAUAAAGAGUGCAGUCUUGUGUUUUUAUGUUAUAGUACAUGGAAGGUAAUACUUUUUGAAGACCAUAUAGUAAAUAUAUGGAGGAAAGCAAGUUUUGCCGAGAAAACUAUAGUCAGAAACAUGGGAAUUAUUAACUGUAUUUAAAUGUUAUUUUUUCAGUUCAUUCAAGUUUGAAGCAUUCAGAUUUUUGCAGUUUUCAAUAAUCCGUAAAAAAGGUAGUCAAGGUUAUUUUAGUUAGAAUGACUAAUGUAAUAAACUAUAUAUACUAGGAUGAAAACAUACUUUUUCUGUAGAUUUUUUUGUACUUAAAUCUUACUAACUUAAAUCAUCCAGGGCAGUAAUACUAACAGUAAAAAUUUUUUUGUUUGUUUUGUUUUUAAAGUAAACUGUGUGUUUUAUAUACAUACAUUUAAUUUUAUAUUAAUAUGUAAAAUAAAAACACAUUUUAAGUUAGAAGUCUUAAAAGGACAUUUUUGAUGUAAUUAGUCUGUUUUUUAGUAUUUUAGAAUAUUUUGACAAAUUAGUUUAAAUAAGACAAAGUGUGCAAUAUCGAAUUUUCUGUUUGUAAAUAUGCUUCAGAGUGUACUGAUCAGGUUAGGAAAUUUGGCAGUCUUCUACCAUGGUAUUGCUAAUUUGAAAAAUUGCCAUUUCCCAGUUUUCCCUUUUUUUUCUCUUCUAAGGAUUUAUUUUGGAAAUGAUUGUAGGAAGGGAGACAAUUCAUUUUAAAACUAGUAUUCUGUAUACAUUUGAAAGAAUUGAGCAAAACAAAUAACAUGCAUUAUGAAAGACCUUCUUUACUUCUAUGAACAUAUAUAAAAACAACUUAAGAUAUCAAGCUAUGGAAAAUUGUCUUUUUUCUAGGAUUGAUCAGUACAUGUUUGAUAUAGAAUUACUAAUUAUUGAUAUACCCAAUCUUUCUUUAAACCAUACUGUAUAAUAGUACUUAUUUAUUUUCCUAGGAUGCAUCAGAUCUAUACAAACAUGUUGUUCUCAGCGGAGUAACAUAUUUGACGGUGUUCAGCUCUAGUAUUGAAGUUAUCAACUUUGUGUUUCAAUGCACUUUCAACUUGGGACACAUUUUUAGAAGGACAUGCCUCCUAAUUUUCAAAAUUGAAACUUUUGUUGGUGACUGUUUAAUAUACACAAAAAAUAAAAACAAACCGUUUCUGUGAGUUUCACGAAAUAUUUUUGAACUGGAAUAUUGAUUUCUAAAUUUUGGUAUCUUCGACACUUGUUUUGAGAAUUUUUAUGCAAUGAUGCCAUCUGAAGGUUGACCAUUUAUUAACAUUCUGACUGUAAUAGAAUUAAAUCAGUUAUUAACAGAGUAAGUAAAUACAGAACUUAUAUGAGCCGCGCCAUGAGAAAACCAACAUAGUGGCUUUGCGACCAGCAUGGAUCCAGACGCGCUGUCUGGUCAGGAUCCAUGCUGUUCGCUAUUAGUUUCUCUAAUUCCAUUAGGCUUUGAAAGCGAACAGCAUGGAUCCUGACCAGACUGCGCGGAUGCGCAGGCUGGUCUGGAUCCAUGCUGGUCGCAAACCCACUAUGUUGGUUUUCUCAUGGCACGACUCAAUUUUGCUGUUGCAACUGUUAUUAUGUAGAACUACUGGUAUAUUUUGGUACUUAGGGUAAAUACUUGUCAGAUUAUAUAAAUUAGGUCAUUGCAACCAAUGAGCAGAAAUACAGGAGGUGACUUGUGAACAGAAAUAUUUGUGUCUGUAUUACUUACAAAAGAUACUUGAGAAGUUUGAUUUUUCUUUGCAGUUGUCAGUAAAUAUAACAGAAGUUUGUUUAUUGGUUUAAAAAGAGAAGUUGAGAUUUCAUGCUUUAACAGCUCUAUGUAUAUAAAAGAAACCAGUGUUGAAAUGAGCAGUUAUGGUGUCAAAAUUAUUUUAACCAUACUUAGACGCCCACAUUCAUUAACCUUUAGCCUGCCGGCAGCAGGUGUUCUGCCUUUGUGCCCAGUGCAGUCCAAGAUCAGCCUGCACAUUUGUGCAGUCUGAUCAUGGUCUGCACUGUUCUCUAAUCAGUCAGUAAAUUUCCAAUAAACACCCCUUUAAAUGAUAAAUGGUACUGCCCAAAUUGAAUGAUGGACCAGUCCAUUAUAGAAAUUUAGCAGGCUUAAGGUUAAAAAACUUAUAAAACCUAAUUUUGCUUUUCGAAAACAUGUAACUGAAUGCAGCUAGUCACUCUCCGAAUCUCUUGAACAUUGUUUAGAGGAUGGAUCUAUAUAAUAUAGAGCUCUAAAUUCAGGUACCCUUAUUGGGCCCCAGUCAAACGGCAACACGUCAGUACAUGAGAUCAGCUGUCUACAAAGUAGAAGCUAUGAUAACGUAGAGAACUGUUAUUAGAUACAGAGAAUUCCUUCAUACGUUUGUAUUCAAAUCUCAACUACCCUACUUUUGUAGCCCUUAGAGCAAAUAAAGAAAAAUUCUGCAAUCAUAGGUGCCUUUUAGAACAUUUCAUUAACAAGUUUUGAUGCCUUCUGCAAUUAAUUAACAGGUCCUAUAAAAGCUUAUUUAAAUCCAAGACGAUAGUUUUUCAACAAACUUGAAAUGAUACCCCGAAAGUUUGGCUUUUGUUGUCUUUGGAUUUUAUAUUGGUAAGAACAAUAUUAUACAGCUUGUAAGUUUCUAAAUUGCUUUUGCUUUCUCAAGAAAAUAAGCAUAUUAAAUGUAAGGCUUAUAGUGGCCCUAAUGUUUGGAUAUUGCAACUUAUUUACCAUUCUAGUAUAUGUUUUGUAAGUGUAAUCAAUAAAAGACAAUUGACUCUCACAAUAUACCCUAACCCCUAAUAUUUUACAGGGCAUUCGUUCUUUUUCAAAAAAAGUAUUAAAGACAAUUCACCUCAUUGAUACAGACACAAAAAUAACAAUGUGUUUGGCCUGAAAUAUAAAAGCUGAUGUGUUCAUUGUUACAUAUAUUAUGUUUAAUGCAGGCCAUUAGUGUUAUGUAAAGCAUUUUAUCAUCUGUAUAUAACCCAACUUUAUGAGAGAUUAUCAUUGAAAUUCAUUAUAUUGAACCUGAAUAAAAUAUGAAAGUAAACAUGAUAA